AUGAGCAGCAGCAGCAGCAGAUGGCAGGACAACCUGGUCCUGUGUCAGAAAGCCAUCCGCCUGGUCACCCAACUCUGCCUCAACAGAGUGUUGGACCAUGAGAAAUGUGCAGAGGAGAGGUUUGCAGAGUGGUUGAGCUGCUGUUGGAAGACAGAUAUCUCGGUCAGCCUGUUGGCAGUGAUAGUGGUGCUGUGCGGGCUGGGGCUGGUGGCAAUCUCUCUCUUUGUCUUUUGGAAGCUGUGCUGGAUCCCCUGGAAGAACAAGCCUCACUUCAGCAGCACGUGGGUGACUGGCGGUACCCUAACCGUGGCAGACACUGACCAGCACUGCGAGAUGACGGACAAACCCAAGCAGUCCCCGUCCUUCAGCUUCCUGGAGGCUGCCAUGAAGAUCAGCCACACGUCUCCAGACAUCCCGGCCGAGGUCCAGCUGUCCAUGCGCGACCACAUGCUGCGGCACACACGCAUCCAGCGACAGACCACAGAGCCUGCCUCCUCCUCCAGACACAGCUCCUUUAAACGCCAUUUGCCGCGGCAGAUGCACGUGUCGAGCGUUGACUUCAGCUCGGAGACUCUGCCGUACAAUGAACAAGCCACUAGCAUCGGUCGCAUCAAGCCGGAGCUAUACAAGCAGAAGUCGGUGGACUCGGAGGAUCCCAGGAAAGAAGCCGGGAAAACCUGCGGCAAAAUCAACUUCACCCUGAAGUAUGACCUUGAGAGCGAGAUGCUGAUAGUGACCAUCCUCAAAGCCUUCGAUCUGCCCAUCAAGGAUUUCUGUGGCAGCUCUGACCCCUAUGUCAAGAUUUACCUCCUGCCCGAUCGGAAAAAGAAGUUCCAGACCAGAGUGCACAGAAAGACGCUCAACCCAACCUUCGAUGAGAGCUUCCAGUUCCCUGUGUCUUAUGACGAACUCACAAACAGGAAGCUCCACUUCAGUGUCUUUGACUUUGACCGGUUUUCCAGGCACGACAUGAUUGGCGAGGUGAUAUUGGACAACCUCUUUGAAGUGUCCGAUCUCUCCAGAGAGACUUCUAUCUGGAAGGACAUCCAGUAUGCCACAACCGAGAGCGUGGACCUGGGUGAGAUCAUGUUCUCUCUCUGUUAUCUGCCCACCGCCGGCCGCCUGACACUAACCGUCAUCAAGUGCAGAAACCUCAAAGCCAUGGACAUCACUGGCUACUCUGAUCCGUACGUGAAGGUCUCGUUGCUGUGCGAAGGGCGAAGAUUAAAAAAGAAGAAAACAACAAUAAAGAAAAACACACUGAAUCCAACUUACAACGAGGCGAUUAUCUUCGACAUUCCCCCAGAGAACAUGGAUCAAGUCAGCCUCCUGGUCUCCGUCAUGGAUUACGAUCGUGUUGGCCACAAUGAGAUCAUCGGAGUCUGUCGGGUGGGCAUCACGGCCGAUGGCUUGGGGCGAGACCACUGGAACGAGAUGCUGGCGUACCCACGCAAACCAAUAGCUCACUGGCAUGCCCUUGUGGAGUGGCAAGGACGCACAGCGAGCUUUGACAGCCAGGGCUCCUGUCCAUCUCCGAAGCCCCCUCCAACGCCAUGAUCCCCUCCCACCGGAAGCUCUGCGGACCACUCUGCGUCCUUUACAUAUUGUAAAGUCAGUCGUUCAGUCCACUCCCACACAGGAGGGAGGAACACAAGUUUACUCAUAGCCCAAACGGGGACUCGUAGCAGGCCCGGAGUUUUUCUACCACUUCACAGAUAGAAAACAGCAAAUCUGAACUCUGGGCUGGCAUGUGCAAUAGGUUGUCACGGAGAUAGCCCGCAGGUGUAAAUAUGGGGAGUAGUAAAAGGGGUCACUUUGUUCUGAACUUUUGGGGGUGGAUCACUUUGUUCAAUCGGUAAUGUGUGAAAUGUGACCUGUUUCCCUCAUGUCAGUAGGUAGAUCAAUUUGGGUAAAUAUCAAGCCGAUGUCAGGAGCCGGUGGUUAAAUGUGACGCUUUUCUUUGUUGUCAUCUCUGCUCCUUCAAAGGCCCGAGGAACAUCUCUCAUUCAAUCAGGGCUCAACGUUCACAUUAGUCCAGUCACUUACCAAAAUAUGAGGCGAGUUACUAAAUUCUGAAUGUUCAUGAGCAUUCUUUUUUAAGACGAAAACAUUUGUGAAAAUGUUAUUUGCCACAGUAGAUAAUACUGUCUCUUUUUUGUGUAUAUGGUCAAAACAUCCCUUACCGUGCAGUGAGCUGAGCAGAGCAGAACAUUCUUGGGCUUCUGGUUUGAAUGGCUGGGUUGCCUGAUUGUCUAACAUUGGAGUUGUCUUCCUAAUCCAAGCAGAUUGAAUCUCAAACCUGUUUUUACACCUCAAAGCUCACUACAAGUGUGAGGAACACCAAUACAGAGCAUAUUCAGUGGCUUAUUUAAUGCUCUCUCCUGUUGAGAAUUCUUCCUUUCUCUAUUUGCUCAUACCCAUUUCCGUGUUCCAUGUUUCCUCUCUCGGGGAUGAAAGACUGGAUGGACUUCUACAAGUCCCAGUUGUGAUGUAUUGUUUCCGUGUGACAAAUCAAUGUGAGAUAUGUCUCUCCAGGGUAGGGCAGAUCCAGUUUGGUUUCCAAUUUGCCUUGUCCUGUCCAUUGAGGAUACAAUGCUCCAUGGUAAAAACAGAUAAUAAUAAUAUUUUUUGGUCAGGCAAAUGCAGAAACAUAUCACCAUGCUCAAGAGUAUCUAAACUGAGGGUUCCAUGUAUGCAACAUCCACAUGGGACUUCCUGUGUGUCACUUCCUCUUACCUAAUUCCAGGGAGUAUUAGGUGCACAAAAGACCUCAAAUUCCACCUGGUCUCAGGCCGCAAGGCAUUGCAGAAUUGUAGAAAAAAUCUCAAAUUCAGUGUUAAUUAGGAAGAUUUUUCUGUGUCUAAAUUUGGACUCAAUUUAAGAAUUGUAAGAUUCAAUUAGGCUGAGAUUCCAUUCAUGGAAACAGAUUUAGUACAGGGAAAUCUCAUUAGCAGCAAAAGGCCCUAUGCCUAACCCCAGCCGGAACUUCAGCCCAAUGGUUAUACAAGCGAAGACUUGGGGGAGAGGGAGGGGAAAUUUGGGUUUAAAGUGUAUUUAUUUUGGAAACUGAAUUGUUUUUAUUCAUGGCUCAAACAUAAGACUAGCUUCCAAUCUAUCAUCCUUUCCCAUCCACAGAUCAAGUUCUUAUCUAUAAAGUACCUUUUACCCAGGAUUUUCAUGUAUUAACUAACAUGAGUGUGAUGUUUCUUUUCGUGCCUGCCGACACUUUUGGAAUACACAUUUGGUGUAUUUAUGACAAACAAUUCUGAAUUUUGUACUGAAGCACUGACUGUAUUUGUAACAUGAAUGUUUUUGGGGGUCGAUCUGUAUUUUAAAUGAGUUGAAUAAAAGUGUUUAGUUCUUCGGAUAAAUCUU